CCCUUCCCAUAAAUCAUAAUCCCCUUUUCCUAAAACUUUGUCAAAAACCAAACACCCCCUAACCAUCGACAUCCUUUAAUCCUUUUCUUUUUCUUAUUAUUCAAAAAAUAAAAAUAAAAACCCUCCCAAUUCCCAUCAUUUACCUCUUUAGUUCCUUUCACCUUUUUAUUUUCCCCCUCUAGCAUAAAAAAAUUUAAAUCCCUUAUAUAUAUAUAUACCGUGGGGGAAAACAAAUUGUCCUAGUCCAUCACAUGGCCGCCAACCGCCCUGACCUUCCCCUUCCUCCUCCUAGUGAGCCCUCCCAAGUCCCAAUCCAACCACCGCCUCCGCCGGCGCCGGCGCCGCUCAUUCUCCCAUCUCCGCCGAAAUCUACUCCCCCUAACCCUACUCCUACUCCUACUCCCACUUCAACAACAACAACUACAACUCCUACCUUCACUUUCAUCACUCCGAUUCCGAUCCCAAAUUCGAUCACAUCUUCCCAGCUUCUGCCAGCUGUCACCACCGCUGCAACUACAACAACAAUCACGCCCUGCUCCUCCCCGACCUCCCCUUCUUCCGGGAAGCACCCGGCGUACAGGGGGAUCCGGGCCCGGAGCGGGAAGUGGGUCUCGGAGAUCCGGGAGCCCAAGAAGACGACCCGGAUAUGGCUGGGAACCUACCCGACCCCCGAGAUGGCGGCCGCGGCGUACGACGUCGCUGCGCUGGCGCUCAAGGGUCCCACCGCACCGCUCAAUUUCCCCAACUCCAUCAUCUCCUACCCUAUCCCGGCCUCCCCUUCCGCCUCCGACAUUCGCGCCGCCGCCGCCAAGGCAGCCCUCGCCCGCCUGCCCAAACCGGUUUCCCUUGCCAGUACCGCUGAUCAUCAGCCCGCCUCCUCCUCCUCCGUGGAAGAGAUCAAAGUGGCGGCUGUUAAGGAGAAGGAGGAGGAGGAGGAGGAGGAGUUCAUGGACAUGGAUGAGCUGCUGAACAUGCCGAAUCUGCUGGUGGAUAUGGCUGGAGGGAUGAUGGUCAGCCCGCCCAGGAUGGAUACGCCGUCAUCGAUACAUGAUUCGCCGGAUAAUUCGGAUGCCGGGGAAUCGCUCUGGUCGUAUCACUUGGGAAAGUGAUGAUAACACACACAAGGAAGAAAAAAGAAGAAAAAAAGAAAAACAACACGUCCCACCCGAUUAUUGUUUAAUCUAUAUUUACGAUGGUAACAUAUAUAUAUAUAUAUUAUACUUAUAGAGAUCUCUCUAUAUAUAUUCUUCAACAUGUAUGCUACUCUCUGAUUUGUUUUCUUCGAUUUGUUUUCUUUUUUUCUUUCUUUUUUUCCGUUUCUUGUUUUCGCCCUGCGCGCCGGGUAGGGUUGAUUACCGGUCCAGCUUGCUGCUAGGUAAUUAGUUGGACGGAUCAGGUGACGGCCGGCGGGAAUCAUAACCAGCAGCUGCGUGAUCAGUUGAUGGGUUUUCCUUAAUUUUCUUCCCCUUAUGGUAAUUUUCAGAGUUGAUCAGUUGAUGAGAUUGAUUAUCAAGUACUGAUGAUGAUGUGAUGAUCAGUUUUUUGUGUCUUUGUCAUCUGCAUUCCAAAUCUUGCCUGCACCGUCACAUCCCAUUAGGGUUCAUAUGUGGGCCUUGGCGACGAUAUUGAUUCCAAACUGUUCCAACUCAUGGUGAUUCAAUUGUUUCUUGUUGCUAUGACUUCUUCGAGUUCGAUUAUCUGUUGUCGAAUGGAAGUCUGCAAUGUAUGAGCUUAUGCAUAUUUGUGUUACUGUUUCCUGUUCUGGUCUCUUGGUAACAUUUCUUCUCUCCAGGUUAGGUUGGAUCAGGAUUAGUCCGUUUGUGGAGGUGUUACAUAUAUGCGAUGCAAUCCGUAUCUCCUCAAAUACAGUGAAAUUGGACUCUCCUGCUCAUAAAUUAGUUAACACACAUCGUGUUAAUGAACCACACAUAAAUCU